CUGCGCAAGGGUGAUAUCCGAGUCAAGGAGGCCAAGCUCGAACCGAGCAAAUGCUACCGGGGCAGCAAAGACAACGAGGGGCAGGGUCUCAUAUCUUCUUGCGGAUGGUCGGACGCGGCCAUCGGCACUGAGGGCUAUCUGACCUUUUACGAGUGGGACGGCGAGGACGAGACAAAGAUGUGCCGGGUCUACUGGAGCGCGCCUUGGGGUGCGUACAAGAACAUCUUCGACAUUCUGGACUGGGAUCCCAACGCAUCUGAUAACUCCAUUAUGAAAGACGAGGUGCAGCAGGACUCGACAAUUGGAAAUGUCGAGAUUGUGUGUGCCAAGUUGGCGUGA